GGUGGGUAAAGUGUGAGUCGUUUAAGGAACGACUGGAGUACUUGCCGUCCGGGACAAGUUUAAUAGUAUCCUGUGACAUACCAUCAAACAUGCCUCCGAAGUUCAAGCGUAAUGUGCCGCGUGACGACGUUGCCAAAGCCGACGACGUGGAGAAGGAGACCCUCCUUGAUCAUGACAGCGAUCCAGAUGAAGAGAUGCUUUUCAACCGCCCGAGUACUUCGACCAGUCAGCCAUACAGAGAUCGUAAAAUGGACAGUGUUCGUAUGCAGAUAAAGGAAGUAACAGACGUGAUGCGUGAAAAUGUGCAAAAAGUGAUGGAACGAGGAGAAAAAAUGGAAGACUUAGAAGUGGCCAGCGAACGGCUGACUAUGGCUGGACACGAGUUUCACGACUCGGCAAAGAAGGCACACCGCAGGGCUUGGAUGCAGAACAUGAAGAUGAGAAUCAUUGUCGGCACCAUUAUUCUGACAAUAGUUAUGAGUAUUAUUGACACCGCUCCACCGCUUUACGACGAAAAAAAGGAUAUCAUUUUUCGUGUUCCAGGUACUUUGAUCAGAUGGUAUUCCUGACGUCAUGCGACUGCCUUCCAAUACGUAUCAUAAUUUCAGUUUAAAUAAUUGUAAUAUAUUUUGUGAUAACGAACUUUACUCCGUGAAUUAGCAUGUAGCCAAAAUAAAUGUUAUUCUUGUAACUAUGUAUAAAUAAACGACGUAUCUCUACAUACGUAUAAUCAUGUUCGAAA